AUGGAUCCAUUCUCCCGUAUCCCAGUUGAAGCCAGACAAGUUAUCCUGGAACAACAACUCAAUCUACGAGAUUUGCAGGCUGCCAUUUUGGCAUCCAGACCCCUGUAUCUCGCCUAUGGCAAUUCUCGCAAGCUCAUCCGCCAGAGAGUCUUCCGGGUCCAGAUCCUCUGCGGUUAUCUCCCAGCUAAUAACGACGCCGCUAUCUUUACCCGAGCUCUCCGUCAAAUUGAGAUACUGGAGAAAAAGAACUCAAACGAUGGUAUCAUCCUACGGGAAUCGUUAUGGCCACUCUUAAUUACUAUGAACCCGGAAAGAAAGUUCUUGGAAAUCUUGGUUACAUGGUCUCUCAAUUAUGCAAAAGCUUAUCGGGCCUCUUCUCGCGAGAAAGAGGCCAGGCACAUCGAGGUACAGGUUGUGCAACUGUUCUAUCUCCACCGGGCCCCUAUUGAAUCCGGCACUAUCUUUGGCUCACAUGAAGGACACCUAAUAGUUAACUGGAUCCGCACUACAAUGACUACCGCUGUCCAGCAUCAGCACUAUGCGUAUGGAGCGGUUCUCUAUAGCCAAAUAUGCGACAGCUGGGAUCUUAUGUGCCAUCAAACAUUGCCUGAUUUGCUUACGGUGCCUCUAUCGCUUUGUUCAAAUGAUGGGAAUUCGUUUGUAGCGAAGAACUUUCUCGGAACUGUCAUAUCUAGGAGCUGGUCAUUGUUCUGGCACAGUAGAAGCACCAGCCGCCAUGCAGGUGACAUGCUUUGCUAUCAUUGCCUGGGUGGAGCGAAAGGCCUAUUGGCCGCUACUAGAUUAGCUCAUGUUAGUGCCGAGGAGACUCUCUCCUCCAUCGAGAAGAUAUGGAACGAAAUGUCUCCGCGAAGUCCGGCAGCAAGCUUCUGGGCCAACUUGGUUGUGGAAAGCCACCAGUCACUGGGAGCUGGUAGGUUGGAGGGAGUUUUGAAGAUCUGGAAUAGACUCCGUGAGAUUAUCCCCAGUGAUCCAACCGAGUUCGAAAUAAUAGACCUUGACUGGGCACGAAAAGUAAUUUUGGAAUUACGAAACCUGGAGAGAGGCAGGACUCAAGACCGGAGCUUGGAGUUCCAGGCGUCGGUGCUGGCUCUUCUGAGCCGGGGAAGUCCAGUGUAUUACGCUUUUGCAAGAAAUUUGGCUGAUACCUAUGUUCUAAAUGGGGAUACGAAGUCCGCCCUAACGCUCCGACAGCAGAUAUGGCAAGACCUGCAACCGACAUCACGUAUUUACACUUCAUGGGCGCGAGAAUUGGCCGGUCUCUAUCGCAGAUUUGGCCGUGAGGAGGAAGCGAUACAAUUGACGAGAGGCAUGGAAGAAAGAAGGGUAGGAAACGUCAAUAUAACUGUUUGA